AUGAGAGGGGACGGGUCUUGCGUAGCUUGCCAGUGCGACGAAACCGGCUCGAUGUUCCAGCAGUGCAACGCCGAAGGCAAGUGCCAGAGCAAAGCUGGAGUCAGCGGAGACAAAUGCUACAAGUGUGCAGAGAACCACUAUAAUUUCACCAAGUCCGACUGUAAAAAUUGCGAAUGCUCUGAAGAAGGUUCGGUGUUCAACGCGCCCAAUUGCAACCCUAACAACGGCGUGUGCAAUUGCAAGGAAAACGUCGAAGGCAAACAAUGCAAAGGGUGCAAACCAGGAUUUUUCAACUUAGACUUGGAACGAAUUCGCUUGCACUCCCUGCUUCUACUACGGGAAAUUGUAACACUACAACUAAGAUGUGGGCACAAUACAGGCAGAAGCAGCUGUGACAUUUGCUUACAAGGUUAUUACGGAAAUGCACUGGUUUUGCCUGAAGACGACUGUAAACGUUGUGAAUGCUACCUCGUAGGCACUGAAGCUGAUACAUUGGAAGAACCAAUUUAUGAUUCAAGCAUCGGAGCUUGUGUGUGCAAAAACAAAGUUGUGGGAAUGAAUUGCGACCAGUGCGAGGACGGUUUCUACAAUAUGCAAAGCGGCGAAGGCUGUCACUCUUGCAAUUGCGACCCGAUUGGCUCCUACAAUUCAACUUGCAAUUUGUAUAGUGGACAGUGCUAUUGUGGACCAGGCGUUACAGGAUUGCGCAGCUGUUAUCAUUGUGACGCAAGAAAAUACGGAUUUUCUUUAGAAGGUUGCGAGGAUUGUGAGUGCGAUGUGAUUGGUUCAAAUGAUUUGAAAUGUAAUGCUCCCGGCCAAUGUCCUUGUCUUGACAAUGUUGAAGGACGUAGGUGCAAUAGACAAAGAGAAAAGGAAAUCACUAGGACUUUGGCAACUGUUACAGAGUAUAUUGUCGAGAUUGAAGCUAGGACUGACGAUGCUCAAAGAAUUGGAGAUAAUAUUAAUAUCGUGCUUGAAACUCUCGAGCAACGCUUUAACGAAAUCAGCACCCAACUCGAACAAGACGCCAAAAAAGCUCUACAAGACGCUUGGGAGCGAAGCAAACAAGUGGGCCAACAAUCCGAUAAUAUGAGCAAAAUAGCUCAACAAGCCAGAUAG